GCCUGCUUCUUCAACUUGUGGGAUUCCUAUGAAAUGGCCAAAGAGCGCACAAUCCUCAUCACCGGCUGCUCUGCCCACGGCCUCGGCGCCGUCCUCGCCCUCACCCUCGCCAGGCAAGGCCACCACGUCUUUGCGACGGCGCGCGAUACGUCCAAGAUCCCCUCUGAGCUGAGCAGCCUGGCCAACGUUUCGGUGCUUCGCCUUGAUGUUUCAUCUGCAGAGUCCGUGGCGGAGGCUUCGAAGGUGGUUGAAGAUGCCGGCCGCGGUCUCGAUGUGUUGGUGAAUAAUGCGGGAUUCGGAUAUACGAUGCCGAUCCUAGACAUUGAUAUUGACAAGGCGCAGGAUUUGUAUAAUGCAAAUGUCUGGGGGACGGUGAGGACUGUGCAGGCGUUUGCGGGACUGUUGGUUAAGAGUAAGGGCCGGGUUGUGAAUGUGAGCUCUGUAGGGGCAGUUGUCAAUACGCCCUGGAUCGGAACAUAUGCCUCUUCCAAAGCCGCCGUCAACGCCAUCUCCGAAACCCUCCGGCUGGAGCUCUCUCCAUUCGGCGUGAGUGUCGUGACCAUCAUGCUGGGCACCGUCGCUACGCCUUUCCAUGCUAAUGAGCCAACUCCCGAACUUCCUGCUACCUCGUACUACUCCGCCAUUGUCGACACCAUCACCAAGUGGGCCAAGGGCCAGACGGGCCCUAAAGGCGGACCAGUGCAGGAUGUUGUCGACUCCAUGAUCCCAGACAUUGUAGCAGAAGGUCGUAAUGGCGUGGUUUGGAGAGGGGCAAACAGUACUGCUGUCUGGUUUGGAUCGCGAUGGCUGCCGGGGAGGAUGCUGGUGAGUUGA